CUGGAGGCAGUAACGGAAGAGGCAGCUAAUGUUUCAAAAGUGGACGGCACCGAGCAUCAACGAACCGACAGCAGCCGGAGAAGCAAACCGAAACCACCUAAAAGGGCUGCCGCGCAGCAUCGACUGACCGACACGUCAUAUCCGAGAGUGGAAUUGCUCAAUUAGCAUCUUUUAAUUGCUCAAUUCGCCCCCGAAAACCUGCGGACACCGUAUGGACGCGAGGCGGCCGCCAUUUUGCCGGCGGGGGGGCGGCGCGGCAAGGCUGAGGCUGUGAGUGGGGUGAGGCGGCGGCGGGUGCGGAGAUGAAGCUGAAGCAGCGCGUGGUUCUCCUGUGCGCCGUGCUCCUCCUGCUGGGCCUGGCCAAGAUCUUCCUGCUGGACGGUGGCGAGGGCUCGGCGGCCAGCAGGCGAGAUCUCAGGGCCUUUCGCAAGAUGGAGGCCGGCCUGGCGCUGGCGCGGGGCGCCCGCCUUGUGCACACCCUGCAGUCCCCGUGGGAGAUCGCCAGCAUGUGGGUGGGCCCUCGAGAGGUGUACCCCGAGGAGGCGCCCGAGCUGGCCGCCGUGCUGGGCGCCCUCAGCCAAGCCCGCAUCGAGCGCGCCGACGUGGGCUACAAGGGCACCCAGCUCAAGGCCCUGCUGGUGCUGGACGGGGGGCAGAAGGUGGUCUUCAAACCCAAGAGAUACAGUCGCGACUACGUGGUGGAAGGGGAGCCAUACGCCGGUUACGACCGUCACAACGCGGAGGUGGCCGCUUUUCACCUGGACAGGAUCCUGGGCUUUCGGAGAGCGCCCCUGGUGGUGGGAAGGCACGUGAACUUGCGCACGGAGAUCAAGCCGGUUGCCAGCGAGCAAUUGCUCAGCACCUUCCUGACGCAGGGGAACAACACGUGCUUCUACGGGAAGUGCUACUACUGCCGGGAAAGCGAGCCAGCGUGCGGCCAGGGCGACGUCAUGGAGGGAUCUUUGACGCUGUGGCUCCCCGACGUCUGGCCGCUGCAGAAGCACCGACACCCCUGGGGACGAACGUACCGAGAGGGCAAGCUUGCCAGGUGGGAGUACGACGAGAGCUACUGCUCCGCGGUGAAGAAGAUGGCGCCGUACGACGCGGGACCGCGUUUACUGGACGUCAUCGACACGGCCGUCUUCGAUUAUCUGAUCGGGAACGCCGACCGCCAUCACUAUGAGAGUUUCCAGGAUGACGGUGGCGCCAGCAUGCUCAUCCUGCUGGACAACGCAAAGAGCUUUGGGAAUGCCGCUCUAGACGAGCGUAGCAUCUUGGCGCCGCUCUACCAGUGCUGCAUGAUCCGGGUGUCCACCUGGAACCGGCUCAACCUUUUGCGGGGCGGCGCCCUGAGUGCAGCCAUGCGGCAGGCGCUGGCGUUCGACCCCAUCCGACCCGUGCUGGCAGAGCCGCACCUGGCCGCACUGGACCGACGCCUGUCCGCAGUGAUGGCCGCCGUCAAGCAGUGCACCGAGGCCCACGGCCCCGACAACACGUUGGUGGAGGACCGCAUUAACCUGCCACACCCCUGAUUUGGUGGGAGGGGUGGGGGCAGGCUUUACAGGGUGGAACUCACCUCUUUUCUUGCUUUUUUUUUUUUUUUCCUCUUGGUGGACAUACUGUAAAGGACUUCUUAAGGAGAAGGUCCGAGGAAGGAGGAAAUGUGCCGACCAGCCGCCAUUGUGAUUGCUGUCCGAGUGGUGACAA